AUGGCAUCGUCCGGCCACCAGCCAUUCGCAUCGCGCUCCUACGCAGGCGGCAAACUCCCCGAUCGAUCCGUGAACGCGAAUACAAUCCCCUUCAGCGCGUCGUCGUUCUCCCGGCACCGGGGGCUGGGAGCAUCAGGGCCCGGCGAGUUUGGCGGCGAGGUCGCAAAGUCGACGCAGCAGGCGCCGGCUCCUCCCGUGCAUUCGCAGACACACGGGCCGUCGCAGGACUCGAAUCCGCUGAAUCGGCUGACGGAGGAGCAGCGGGAGGAGAUUAAUGAGGCUUUCACCCUCUUCGACCUCGACCGAGACCGGCACCUCGACUACCACGAACUGCGCGUCGCCUUCCGCGCCCUCGGCUUCACCCUCUCCAAACAAGAGCUCAUCUCCCUUCUCACCACGUACGGCGUCCCCCGCCCGCAGGUCCAGCAGCAGUCCGCCGGCCAGCAAGGAUCCCAGCCCAAGGCCACGCCGGCGACGAACCCCCAGCACCCGUCCAACCUGCUCAUGCCGCUGUCUGCGUUCCAGGCCGUGGCGGCCGUGAAGAUCCUGGAGCGGGAUCCGCGCGACGAGAUCCUGCGGGCGUUCGAGCUCUUCGAUGAAGGCCGGAAAGGGUACAUCGAUCUUGAGGAUCUACGGCGGGUUGCGAGGGAGCUGGGGGAGACGGGGCUGGAAGAGGAGGAGCUGCGGGCGAUGAUUGAGGAGUUUGAUUUGGAGGGCGUGGGUGGUGUGACCAGGGAGGCGUUUGUUAGUAUCUGCUGGCAGUGA